AUGUUUUCAUCCACUGCUCUCUUCGCUGAAAUAGAUUGUCCCUUUGAAUGGGGACGAUGCAAGCGACCUUAUUGCCUGUACAGUCAUGGCAAAGACAAUACGGAGACAGAUCUUGGAGAUCUCAAAGUCACUGCUACCAUUGGAGCCUCCCACACCACAGAUAACCAUGCUUGUCUUGAGGAAUUGGAGAGGAUCAACAAAGAAAUAGAGGCAGUGAGGAGUGAGGUGGAGAAAGAACAAAAAAGACUGUCUCAAUAUCAGUCAUCACAGUCACUUGUACAUACAGAGUGUGCAGAUGUUUGCUCUGAGAAAUAUUUAAAAAUCGUCAACAGUCAGGCUGAAGACCAGAAUGGAAACCUCUUGAGACGUACAAAACCUACUUCCUCAACCUCUGUCCGUAAGUAUGUGGUUGAUCGUGCCAGACCCAAGACUGAUUUGGAAUAUGACCCGUAUUCCAAUUUCUCUGCAGACUUGCUAUCUGGCAGCUCAGUAGAAUGUAAGCUUAGGUCAACAGAUAAAGUAGAUAUUGAACAUUGCUUCAAGAGUAAUGGAACAGGAGAGCCCCUGUCCUCUCAUUUUGAUGACUCAGAUGACGAGAGGAUCUUGGUCAUUGACAUCGCACCUUCAGAGAAAGGUCAGGGAAAACGUAGAGCUAAACUGAAAGGAAAGACAAUAAAUAAACCACUGCAUUCAUCAGAGGGGAAUCUUUCAAUUGAUAAUUCUCUUUUUGAAAAUGACAGAAUAAAACCCUGGCAGCAACAGGAAAGGUUGUUUUCUGAAGGGUCCCAAAGUUAUGAUAUUAUAAAUGUUGUGGAACAGAAGAAAGAGAGGACCUCAGGAAAACCUUUGACAAUCACAAUUGAACAAGAGUCCUCUGAGGGGGAACUGGUCAUUGAUGUGUCACCUUUAGAAGAUGAAAAUAUGCUUUCAAAGCAGUGUGGAACCAUAACCAAAGAACUACUGAACUCAUCCAAAUUAUGCCCUAUUAGUGAGACCCUAGCUGAGGAUAGUAAAGAGGCCAAGAAAGAGCCCUCACAUAAACGGGUAACAAUUGAAAGACAAACCAAAGCUUUUCUGGAGGAUUCCACAGAAAAACCUGUGACUAAACUGAAUAUCUCCACAAAUAUCGAAACGUUUGUCAUGCAUAGGGAGGAAAAGGCACAGAACAUCGAAAAUGUCCUGGAUGACAUUUCCACAUGUCUAGACAAUCUGAGAAGCGAGAGUGAGAGGAUCAAAUGCAUUCAAGAUAUUAAACUUCUCCCGGUUACUUCUGUCCAAGGGGAGGAAGAUAUUUCCUCAAAGUCUGCUGCAGGUGUUGUUCAAUAUGCUACUUUUGGGGUAGAACCACAAAUAGACUGCAUCUCAAGUUGUGCUCAGAAAUCAGAACCUGCAACUACUAAAAAUAUCUCACAAGAGCAAGGUUCUUCGCUUCAACAAUACUCCCCUUUGGUCUCAUCUCAAUCUUCUACAUCAUCCUUGCUCAAGAAUAAUUUGUUUGGAUGUGGUCCUCACACUCAAAGCCUGGCUGAGACAUCUUGGUCAACUUUUCAGAAAAGUCCUGUAAUGCCACUUGUUCAGAACAUGCCUGCAUAUAUUUCAGGGAUUGACACUGGAACUGUUCUAUCUGUACCAUCAACUACUCUACUCAAACCAAGAACAGCUAUCGAGUAUGAGCAAAAAUUAUUUACACCAGAUGUAUCAUUUGUUUCCUGUGAAGCAUCUGUUCACUCUCAGACCAUUGCAUCUGCAACGAUGGAAGGGGGUAAUAAUGAAUCCAUAGUAAUUGACUCUAGUUCUGAGGAGGAGCUCAGGUAUUCAGAUCUAGAGCUCUCUGAAACCGACCCAAUGGAGGAGUGCUACAGAAUUUUUAUGGAAGCCAGCCAAAAGGAAGCUCCUGUGGUCCAAUGUGAAGUGUUAGAGAGCCCAGAAAUUGAGUUAAAGUCCAAUCCACCACCUGUGCUAAAGAAAAGGGUUGCACAUGUGGCAAAGGUUGAGCUGGCCAGCAAAAGCAAAGCACAGAUCAUUGUGCCUCUUCAAGAAGCAGGCUCCCAGUUGACCUUUCCAUCCCGAUCUCAAUCAUGCCAAAGGAGAGCAGCCAUUUUAACUGCAGCAAUGAAAGGGUGCCAUUCUCAAGUUAUGAGCAGUGCUCCAAAGAAAGUUUAUACACCAAGUAUCAUUCAUCCAAGUGCUGUGCAAAACUCCUGUGUUAGUGUCAUUCCGAUUGGUGCUACUCUGCAGCUGGGGGCAAACCUGCACCUCAUUGUACCCGAUGGAAAUUGUGCUUUACCUCUGACGCUGAUUCCAACCACCAUGUCCAUCCAACGACCCCCACAGCCUUCCCCACCUAUGCAACUUCCACAAACUAUACAUCCUUCACAGCCACCCAACUACACACCUGCUAAGGUUAAAUUUACUCCUGUAGUCUAGCUUUCAAUGGUUUUUCUUUUCAUUUUUGGAAGUUACUCAUUUUGGAUUAAAAUGUGAUUGAUAACUUUUGUGUUUGUAUAGUCACUGGGGGUCAAACGAAAAGCAAAAAUCCAUCAUGAGGUUGGGGUAAAGGUACCACAUGAUGUUCGGCAGCGUUAUGUGAACCUCUUUGUGGAGGAGCUCAUGAAAACAUCUGUGACUGUGCAAGAUGCGUUUGAGAAGGCUCUAGCAGAAGAAAAAAGUGUUUAUGAUCGCAGUAUUAAUAAGCUCAAGUAUCUAAGUGUAGCUGUCAAUGCACUCAAGAGGCUUAAAAGCCAAAGUGUCUUGCCUGCCAAAGAUCCCAGUGAGCGAGAUCAGAAUGCGUCUAGAGGCAAUGUACCACUAAAUACUCGAGCACUUCAGGGACCUGGGGAUUUUGCACUCUAUGAGCAGUUGAAGGAGCAUGUUCUGUCUGAGGACAUGUUAAGACUGAACAACUACCCUCGUAAACAUCAAGACAAAGCUGACGUUGCCAUCCAGUAUGGAGAUGUGAAGAAGGGAAUAAGUGACCCUUUGAAGAGGAUCUGCUGUCGAUGUGGAGCAACAUUCUCUGUUGACAAAAGUGGAAAGCACACUCGCAGAGAGGAGUGUAACUAUCAUUACGGAAAAGUCAUCGAGAACCGAGUGCCAGGAGGUGUCGAGACACGAUACAGUUGUUGUGAGAAUGCAGUUGGGUCACCUGGAUGCCAAGUGUUCAAUCUCCAUGUGCAUGAUGCAGUAAGCCUUCAGGGCUUUAUGAGCACACACUCUCAAUCCCUGGUGGGCAAAACAUGUCCCGGAGUCUUUGCGGUUGACACCCAAAUGUGUUACACAACUCAAGGGUUGGAACUAGCAAGAGUGACUGUAGUCAACAGCAGUUUGCAAGUCAUCUUUGACACCUUUGUCAAGCCUGAUAAUGAUGUCAUUGACUAUAACACCAGGUUCUCCGGCAUCAGUGAGGAUGAUGUGAAAGGAACCAGCUCAUGUUUGCUUGAUGUUCAAGCUGUGCUUUUGAGCUUCAUUAAUGCAGACACAAUUCUGAUUGGCCAUGGCUUGGAGAAUGACUUGGCUGCUCUUAAAAUUAUUCACAACUCUGUGAUUGACACCUCUGUGGUGUUUCCGCAUCGUCUGGGUCUGCCACACAAAAAAGAACUUAACAGUCUGACUGCAGACUACCUCAGGAGAAUUAUCCAAGAGAGUGCGGUGGGUCAUGACACACGUGAGGAUGCCACUGCAUGUAUGGAGCUCAUGCUUUGGAGGGUGAAAGAAGACACCAAAGUGAAAAGAUGGUGA